AUGGAAAGUAGUGCAUCUUUUCCUGAUCUGAGGCAUCGCAAUUUUAUACUCGUCGCAGCGUUUCCAAUUUCUUUUAUUCUAAUUAAGUUUUUAUUUCACAUCAUUAAGGAAUUCCGUAAAUCUUUUCCGAGUUUUACUGCAUCUGAGCAGGAUCGACUCCAUCAGCUCUUUGUUCAGGUUAUCACUUCCUUGCAUCAAGAUAUUGAGGAACAAUUUGAGUCAAUAUUUCUCGAGACACAGGCAGGAACAAUUCUUGAUACUGUAGAAGAGCUGGUGGAAGAACAAACUCUGGAUCCUCUACAUUCUACAAAGAGUAAUGUAGGAGAAACGGCUCAAAAACUUAUAGAAGCAAAGAAAAAUGAGGUCAAUCUUUUAAUGGGGCUAUUGGAAAAGGCAGAAGAAGAGAAGUGUAAAAUGAAAGCACGUGUCGAACAACUCAAGAAAACAAAGCAAGACUUCUCCGGAGCUGCAAAUCUUGUAAAUGAGAUAAGGAACACAAUCCUGAACUAUGAGACGGGCAACCAGACUUAGCAUAUCAAUCUGUGUGAAUGCGAUUAACAUAGGUUUGAGGUCUGUAUUGUAUUCUACUUAGACUUUCGCUUUAGAUCAACAAUUAGAUUGCCUGAUCUUUGUUUCAGGAUUAGGCUUCACUAUCCACAAAUAGUGGCGUGCAGUGGGAGGCUUAUGCCUGAUUGGGUUUGGGAAAUUUACGAGCAUGUAUUAUUCUCACUUGACCUGAUAUAAUCAACUUCUUAUCGCUUUUAGUUUC